AUGCGUUACAUCCCAUUCACCUUAUCAGAUUUUUUACUGUCUCCACUAGGAGGGUCGAGACGCUCGGUCUAUGUCCAGUCCACGCUUAAGCGGAGGCCAGGCUACCGCACCCUGGAGAGGGACCUGAUCCAACUCCAGCAACAGCAACUCUUCCAGCUCUUUGUGGUUGUGUCACUCAGAAAGAGUUUCCCGGGAAACACCUACGCCCCUGAGAUCACGCAACAGUUUCCCAACAAGUUUGCGAAGUCUUCUCGUCACUCCCGUGAAGCUGAAGAUCGGCUGAAGGCCAUCCCCAAGUUUUGCUUCCCAGACUCUCAGGACUGGCGGCCAUCUGGAGACCUGCCCAGUGAAACUUUCUCUUUUGUCUUGACGGGAGAGGAUGGCAGCCGUUGGUUUUGUUACUGUCGUAAGAUCCUGCCCUGUGGAAAGGGGAAGAGACUGCCUGAAGUUCACUGUAUUGUAAGCAGACUGGGCUGCUUCAACCUGUUUGCUAAGAUCUUGGAGGAGGUAGAGAGGCGCAGGGAGAUCUGUCCUGCCCUGGUGUCCCCCUUCAUGCGUAGCGUCAUGGAGGCUCCUUUCCCCGCCCCUGGACGCACCAUCACAGUCAAGAGCUUCCUCCCAGGCUCAGGAAAUGAGGUGCUGACUCUGUGCCGGCCGGUGGACUCGAGGCUGGAGCACGUGGACUUUGAGAGCCUGCUGCAGUGCCUGAGCGUUGGGAGACUCCUGCAGGUGUUUGCCUCUCUACUACUGGAGAGGAGGGUCAUCUUUAUCGCUAACAAACUCAGUGUGCUGUCUCGUUGUGGCCAUGCUGCGCUGGCGCUGCUCUACCCGUUCACAUGGCAGCAUACUUUUGUGCCUGUGCUACCCGCCAGCAUGCUGGACAUCAGCUGCUCUCCCACUCCCUUUCUCAUGGGGGCGCUGGCGCCCUGCUUGCCUGAGCUGCUGGAGCUGCCCAUAGAGGAGGUGCUUAUUGUAGAUUUAUGCGCAGACAAGUUUGUCAAACAGCUUGGUGAUGAGGACUGUAUCUUGCCCAGUAAGCUUCAGGCUGCACUGCAGCAGAUCCUGGAGGAGAGAGGGCAGAUACUACGGCAAGACGGAGACUGCACAGGCCAGCAGUGUGAGCUGAGCUCCCUGGUGUCGGAGGCCUUUGUGCAUUUCUUCGUGGAGCUAGUGGGCCACUAUUCCCUCCACAUGGGCGUCAGCGGGACCCGGGAGCUGCAGAGGGAGAGCUUCUGUAAGUCCCACCCCUCCCGUGGGGCCCGCCAGUUCCUGCAGCUCUUCAUGGACACGCAGAUGUUCUCCGGCUUCAUCCACGACAAAGAGUUGCGCAAGGGAGGGGGCAAAGGGCUUUUUGAAGUUAGAGCUGCAGAAUAUUUGGCUUCAAACCCGGAGUCUGAAUCUAGCGGGUUCCUCAAGGGACUCAAGGGAAUUGGGAUGAAAUUCUUACAGAAGAAGUGACAGACAGUCAGCAGUCUGGUUGAAAAUGCUUCUGUAAGAGAGGAUGAGAGCCAUCUGCCAGAUUGGCCGAGACACAUGUGCUAUGAUGUUACAGCUAUAUAGAUAUGUACAUGACUCGACCAGGACAUAACGGUGUUGGGCACAGAGGUCCACAGUCCUAGAUAGAGAGCUCUCUGCUUGAGACAUAACCAGUCUCUUCGUAUUGCCCUGAAUGCAUUCCAAGCCGGAGUGAAGUGCAAUUGUAAUUGGAGGAAAACUGGAAAUGUGCAUUUAUGACCAAACAAACUUCGAUGAAGACUUUUGAGAUGUCAGAGGAAAGGCAGGAGCAAACACUAUGUACUUGUGAAAUCUACACAAAACAUUUCAGCUACAGGACUCGGUAUUAACUUAACAGUGAUAAGUUGUGCCAUGAUAAACUAACCCACGCGUUUUUGUGUUUUUGCUAGUAAUUUUUUUAUGUUUGUUUUAGCCAAGUCUUAAGUGUUUGGUCUCCAUAUUAUGGAUAUAAUGUUAUUUUUAAGUUUAGUUUUGAACUCGUGUCUAGUUGGAAAUUAAUAAGUAAGGCUACUCUUGAUACCCUUCUGCACUCUGCUACAGAACAAUGUAAGAAUAAUGAUUUUUAUUAUGUGCAUGAUUGUUACUUUAAAUAUGACAUGACAUAUUUAAAAAAAAAAAAAAAA